UGCCUCUGCUCUCUCGGCUUCCGCGACAUCGAUGCUCGGCUACACGACAUAGCCGCUGCCUACCAAGGCACAUGCGACUGGCUGUUCAGCACCACCCAGUUCCAGAAGUGGCGCGACCGCGCCGACCUACCAGCCCACAAUGGCGUGCUCUGGAUCAAGGGCAAGCCGGGCGCGGGCAAGUCGACGCUGAUGAAGCAUGCUCUGCACCAUUGCGAGGAGGUCUUCGGCGACCACCUGAUCGUGGCGUAUUUCUUCAACGCUCGAGGCGAGGUUCUCGAGAAGACGCCUCUGGGCAUGCUGCGGUCAAUCGUAUACCAGCUGCUCGAGAAGGACGACACGCUGUACGAACAAUUCCACCCCAUCUACGAGAAGCAGAAAAUAUAUGAUAAGGAAGGGGAGUGGGUGUGGCCACAAGCACAACUGAAAAAUUUCAUACGCUGGGUAGUCAAACAGCGGCGAUCGCAGCCCCUCCUCCUCCUCGUCGACGCGCUCGACGAGUGCGACGAGCGAGAUGUGCGAGAUGUUGUCGGCUUUCUUGAGACCUUAAGCAUCGAUGCCGUCCACGCCGGUGUCACGCUGAGGAUCUGCCUCUCCAGCCGCCAUUAUCCCAACAUCAGUAUGAGGAAGAGGUUGGAGUUGACCGUCGAGACGAGCGAAGAGCAUGGAAGCGACAUCGCAACAUAUAUCGAAGAGAAAUUAGAAGGACACGAUGACGAGAUCAAGGCCAAGGUCCGGGAAAAGGCAGGCGGCAUUUUCAUGUGGGUCGUCAUUGUGGUGUCUCUGCUUAACACAGCCUACGACGACGGCCGUUUGGAAGCCAUGCGCGAAGCACUGGAGGAGGUGCCGGCCGAUCUCGAGGAGGUGUUCAACAAGCUCUUGAGCAAAGACGAUCGGAAUAAGGCCGAGACGAUACGCAUGCUCCAAUGGGUGCUGCUCAGUCGGCGGCCGCUGAAGCCCGAAGAGCUGUUCUUCGCCGUGCUGGCGGGAACGGCUCCGGAGUACACUGGGCCGUGGGACCGAUCAAAGAUCACCAGCCAUACCAUGCAACGGCGCAUCACCGCCUCGUCCAAGGGCCUCAUUGAGACGCGAACAGGAGAUACGGCGUCAGUGCAGUUCAUUCACCUGUCGGUCAACGACUUCCUAUUUCGGAACCAGAGGCUGCAGGCGCUGGAUCCGACGCUCCAUCCCGACCCGAUCAGUUCCAGCCACGGGCGGCUGUGGGAUCGCUGCUGGUCCGAGAUCAAGCGAGUAGACACCACAUCAACA